CACGGAAUUUCUCCUCAGCCAUGGCUCCCUGGUAGAUGCUCAAAGCGGCUGUUGUCAGAGCGAAUUAAAUCUGCACUCGCUCGCUGCUUUUCCUCCUGACCUUGCCUGCCUCUGGUUGGGUUUUCAAUAUUUUAUUCAGGAUUCCUGUGCUGUCUCCCCAUGGCUACAUCGGAUGGACUAGACGGCUGUCUGCAACGAGGCAGAUCUCAAAGUGACCCGAACAUACUCACCGAACCGGGCAUCGAUUUGGCUCAUGGCACAGUAGAGUUGGUGGACCAGCAGAGGGUGCUAAGGACCGGUUGCCUGGUGUCCGGGGUCCACACUCCACCCAUCCGACGGAACAGCAAGCUGGCCACCCUGGGGCGAAUCUUCAAGCCGUGGAAGUGGAGGAAAAAGAAAAAUGAGAAGCUAAAGCAGAGUUCCACAGAUGUAGCAUUAUCCAGCGGUCUUCUAUGCCACGACCCAAACUCCCCCACUCAGGGCUGCUGCUCAGACGGUGCAGUCCUGCUUGGAGGAUUCGGGGGACCUUUGCACCCAAACCUCACAGUCAGCAGUGUGGAAUACCUUGGUCCUGAGGAGGACCUCCCCCCUCCAGUAGCUGCCCCUCCUCCGGACUGUGAACGGGUGGAGGAGAAUGUAUUACUACCGGAGGAAGAGGGAGGUGAGGAGGCGAACCCUGAUGGGGAUUUACCUGAGGGGCUACAGGACGCGGGCGAGCAGAUGGAAGAACGGUCAGAGGAAGACAUUCCCCUGAGAACGUCCCCACCACAAGUACCUCCGAAACUUUUGCCCCAGCUGAGUCCUGGAGAUGACUCAGGCCCUGCGUCUCUCCCCACUCACCUGCCCAACUCCUACCUCCCCAAGGAGCCUCCACCCAGGGCCACAGAAAGCAUGGCUUCAAUGACCCUGCCGCUGCGAGGGUCCCUGGGCAACACCUCAGGGUCCCCACAUAUAGGCAAUAUGAUGCACCCUCCCAUGCCCCCUAGCUGCAUUAUGGAGGAACUGCAGAGAGCCUUCGCUUCCAAGAACAGACAGGAGAGUGUCCAUGAAGGGUGUGAGCAGGCCUCACCCCCAAGGCUGUGGUGUUCAGACGGACGUCUCUCUCGCUCCUGCAGCUCUGAGAACCAACACACGUCGUCUUUCGGGGGCGGCUGCAUGGGGGGAGGGUCGGACUGGCCCAAGAAGGAGGCAGAGGAGAAUAAGGAGAACAUGCGGCUGGACCAGUGCUUCUCCAACACCUCAGGCCUCCCCACCGACUUGGAUGGCUGGAAUGACUCUGUCAUAUCUGGUACACUUCCUCGCAGGCUAAGGAAGGAGUUGCUGGCUGUCAAACUACGAAACAGACCCAGCAAGCAGGAGUUGGAAGACAGGAAUAUCUUUCCAGCCAGGAGCGACCAGGAGCGCCAGGAAAUUCGCCAGCAGAUUGAGAUGAAACUUGCCAAGAGGCUGAGCCAGAGACCGAAUGUGGAGGAGCUGGAGAGUCGGAACAUCCUGAAACAGAGAAAUGACCAGACAGAGCAAGAGGAGAGGAGGGAAAUCAAACAGCGGCUAAACAGAAAGCUCAAUCAGCGGCCCACGGUAGACGAACUACGAGACAGAAAGAUUCUGAUCCGCUUCAGUGACUACGUGGAGGUGGCCAAAGCUCAGGACUAUGACAGGAGAGCAGACAAGCCCUGGACUCGGCUCUCUGCAGCAGACAAGGCUGCCAUCCGAAAAGAGCUCAACGAGUUCAAAAGCACUGAGAUGGAAGUGCACGCCUCAAGCAAACACCUCACGAGGUUCCACCGGCCAUGAAAGCGAGGAGGUUUCUUCUGUGAAGAAAUGCUGAUCUUGGAAAUUUUCUGAAGCUGCUCAGCGGUGGACAGUUCAAAGAGCCUGGAGCCUUUUCGUCUUCAGUGCGUCUUUAAGCAUUCUCCCAACACCCAUGGCUAUCAUGUCAUCUGUAUGAGGGCGCGGGUGUGGGAGAGAAGAUGACGGUAAUGUUUGCGGCAGCGUGUCCUGGAGACUACUGAACGUCGCCACAUGGAAGCUGGCUGGUGGAAGAGGACUCUGGUGGAGCCUCCGACUCUCAUGAUGAGAGCGGGGGGAAAAACAAUCUUGUCAUUCAGUCAGUGUUGUUUUUUGUACUAUUUCAUGGACUU